AUGGCCACUAGUUCCACACCGUCCUCCUCCGUCCAAUUCGGCCAGAAGUAUGUUACGGCAGGACUGAGCCGUUCGUUAGAAGCAGUGGUGGAGAAGGGAGAGGGGUCUUACUUAACGGUGGAGGAUGGCAGAAAAAUGCUAGAUUUUACCUGCGGCAUCGGUGUCACUAACCUCGGCCAUUGUCAUCCACGAGUCAGCGGUGCAGCAGCGAAGCAAUGCAUGGAGGUCGUACACAUGCAGUGCAGCAUCGCGUUCCAUCAGCCCUACCUUAAGCUCAUAGAGAAGAUCCUCCCCCUGAUGCCCGACCCAUCUCUCAACUCAUUCUUUUGGUGGAACUCGGGAUCGGAGGCCAUCGAAGCCGCAAUUAAAAUCGCCAGGACCGCAACCGGCCGUCAGAAUAUUAUUUCAAUGCAAGGUGCUUACCAUGGUCGCACCUUUGGAGCCAUGGCAGUCACGAAGAGCAAGACGAUUUACAGCGAGGGUGUCCACCCCCUCAUGCCUGGCGUGUUCACCGUCCCCUACCCAUAUUGGCAUCAGCUCGGCCUGCCCCCCUCCACGCCCAGCUCCCAGCUCUCGUCGCUCUGCCUCGCGCAACUGGACCUCCUGCUUAAGCAGCAGACCGCCCCGCAGGACACUGCCGCGAUCCUCAUCGAGCCGGUGCUCGGCGAGGGCGGAUACGUCCCGGCACCCACGGAGUUCUUGCAGGGCCUGCGGGAGGUGUGCGAUAAGCAUGGGAUUUUGUUGAUCAUCGAUGAGGUGCAGUGCGGCUACGGACGCGCGGGCAGGCAGUUUGCGAUCGAGUACUCUGGCGUGCGGCCGGACAUCAUGUGUGUCGCAAAGGGCCUUGCGAACGGCUUCCCCCUUAGCGGUGUUAUUAGCCGAAAGGAGGUCACAGACAAGCUGAAGCCCGGUUCGAUGGGAGGCACAUACGCUGGAAACGCCGUGGCUUGCGCUGCCGCAUGCGAAGUCAUUGACGUCAUGAAGGAAGAGAAAGUAUUGGACAAUGUGAACGCACGGUCAAAAGAGCUGUUCGCUUCCCUGAACGCUCUGCGGGACGACGCGAAGAUUGCGCCUUGUAUCCUCGACGUGCGCGGGCAGGGGCUCAUGGUUGUGGUAGAAUUUGCGUCGCCAGUCGGGACGGGCUCCCAUGACCCCUUCGUCAAACCAUCCGCCCCGAAGAGCCUCGCGAGCCGCAUUGCGAAGCGCUGCCAAGAGAAGGGGAUGCUCAUCCUCACAACGAGCGCAUACGAAGUAAUUCGGUUCAUCCCGGCGCUCAACAUCACCCAGGAAGACCUAGCGAAGGGCUGCCAGAUCUUCAAGGAGGCCGUGGAGGAAGUCGUACGCGAGGGUUGA